AUGAGCUUUCCUAACCCAGAUUAUGAAGAGGUUGCUCGUCCUUAGUAAAUGAGACCCUUAGAGUUUUUUGACUUUGUCCAAUAAGCUUUGAAGAUAAAUUCUAAAUCCUUAAAUGACCAAUUACUAUUUAAAGCAAUAGAGACUAGUUAUUAAUUUUUAUCAAUAUCUUAAUCUGAACUACAAAACUCAGUCUCUUCAGACCCUUUUCAAUUAUAAUCUUAAUAAAGUGAUGUAAGAUAUAAAUAAUUUUUUACCUAAUAAACUUAAUCAGGGAAAAGAUUUUCUAAAUCUAUUAGACCAAUUUUAAGUGCAUCAGAAAAAUUAAAUCUUGCAAUGAAAUCUUUAAGAGAAAAGUUUGAAUCAGCUUUAAGUUAAAAUAUGAAAGUCAAUUUGAUAGAUUUUAUAAAUUUGGAUUAUAAAAGUUUAGAAGAGACUUAAAUUAGAUGUGACAUAAAAGGAGAAUAUAUAAAUUAGAUAUAAGAAUAAUGGUUUAAGACUCCAAAAGAAGCAUUGGAUACAUCAACAAUGUUAAGAAAUGCAAUUUUAAUUAAAUUAUCAAGAAAGGGAUUUUAAACAAGAUAAAUGAUUUCAAAUGAUGGUAGAUGGAUAUUUUUAUUGAUUAAGAUGGAUGAGGAAAAUUUAAAAGUUGUAGCAGAAUAAAAAAAGCUUUCAAAACGAUUAAAUUUUUGGUUCAGUGACCUUUUUUCUCUUGAACCUGUUGAUAAAAGAUUAAGACCAUUAAGAUUAAAUAAUCGAUUAUGGAAACCUUUUGAAUAUAAAUGCACAACAUUUUUUGAGUACUUGAGACCUCAAAUCAUAGAAUUAAUUGAAUAAAUCAAUUUCAAAAGAUUAAGUAGAGAAGUAAAUCAAAGUCACAUAAAUUAAGAAUUAUUUUAAUAUGGAAAAUAGGAUUUAAAUGAUGAGGAAGAUCAUGGUCCAUCUGAUGAUGAAUGGUUUGCAUAUUAUAAAUAUCUGGUUCAUUUAAAAAAGUGUGUGAGUGAACAUCGAGAAUAGAAUAUUAUUAAUAGUGAUUUAUCAGCUAUUUUAAAUAAAUAAAUGGAUUCCUUUUAGUUAUAUAUUAAAAGAUAGAAAAAAGAAUUAAUAUAAUAAGGUUUAGGAAACAAAUAAGAAAUAUUUCUUAAUAAAUAAAAUAUAUUGAAUCCUGAAAACAAAUAACAUUUAGAAAAAGUAGAAUUUUAUGAUUAAAAUGCUGAAUCUUUAAUGAAUGAAUAUAAAUAAUAUAUGAUAGAAUAAAACAUUCCAUUGACAAAGUAUAUUAAAAUCUUAUAGAAGGAGAGAUUGGCAUAUAAUUAUAUGUAAGCCUUUAUUGAAUCUUUAGAAGUGGCUAAUGAUUCUAAAUAAUAUAUAAAAAAUCUUUGGGACCAAGUUGAUUUAACACCAUAAGAGCCUUAUAUAAAUUUUAGAAGGCCUACAAAAAAAAUGGCACCUACACUCUAAGCAUAAUAAUAAAUGAUUUGGUGUAAAUAUUAAAAAGAUGAAGAUGGAAAUAUUUCUGUGUUUUCAUCAAUUGAUAGAUUAAAAUUAGUAUAUUUAGCUGUUGAUGACUGUUUUGAUAUAAAUUCAUUUACUAUGAAAGGAUUUAUUAGUCAAUUUUUUUGUUUAAAUGAUUAAUAUGAAUUAUUAGGGUAUUGUUAGAAUUUUGAGAAGGCUUUAACAAGUGAAACUUAAUUUUAUCAUAAAAAGUUAUUCUUUUUUGCAGAUGAAUGGAAAUUCAAAAUAUUUGAACCUUGGUAUGUACCUAUAGAUAUUAUAUGUUCAUAUUAUGGUGAGAAAAUAGGAUUGUAUUUUUAUUUCUUGAGUUAUUAUACUAAAAUGUUAACAUUUAUUUCUGUUUGUGGUUUUGGAUGUAGUCUAGCUGAAUGGAUACUAAAUAAUUAGGAUGGCGAAGCUAGUAUUAUAAUAACUAUGAUAUUCUCAUUUGUAUUAAUUUAAUGGAAUAGCAUAGUAACUGAUUAUUGGAAAUAAUAAUAAGUAAGGUUUAAUUUAAAAUAUGGUUAAUUAAAUGAAAAGGAGAAAUCAACUGAAAGAUCAUCAUUUAAAGGAACUUUCAUUAGAUCCUUGGAAAAUGAUCAAUUGAAUUCAGCUGCCCAAGAUGAUAGCGAUUUAGUAUUAAGGUUGUUUUUAGCCUCUAUUUUACUUGUUUUAUUAAUAGCAGCCUAUAGUGGAUUAGUUGUAGGAUUGUUUACACUUACAACAGCCUUAAGAAAUUCAUUUGGAAGUGAAUUCUCGAAUGUUUCAGUGAUGUCAUUAGAGGUUACACUAUCAGCUACUAUUAAUGUAUUUGUUUAAUUAUUUGUUGAUAAAUUUUAUGAUUAUAUUUCAACAUCAGUAACUGAUUUUGAAAAUCAUAAAACUAUGUAAAAAUACGAAACCAGUUUUGUUGUUAAAAAAUUUAUACUUUAUUUUUGUUCAUAUGUAGUUCCAUUAUUAUUCAUUGGUUACCUAAAUGGACCUUUAAAUUUAUAUUGUUCUAAAAGCAAUUGUUCUAGACAUGUACAAUAUUAUUUUUCUACUAUCAUUAUUUGGUAAUUUCUAUUUAAAAUUUUGCAGUUAUUUAAGUUUAUAUCAGAUUUAGCUAAAUAUCCAAAGAUUAAAUAUGAAAUCAAUGACAAUGAUAUUUUAUAAUUUAUUGAUGAAACAUCUAGAAGGUAAUCAUAUGCAAUAAGUCCUGAAAGAUAUGGAACUUUAGAAGAUUAUAUGGAAAUCUUAAUUCUUUAUUCCUUACUAAUUAUUUUCGGAUAUUCAUUUCCUCUUAGUUAUUUUCUUUUAUGGUCUUUUAAUAUUUUACAAUUAUAAGUCAAAAAAUAUUCCUUUAUGUAUUGUCUCUAAAGACCCUGGCCUUAGAAUGAAAGUUCUUUAGGAAUUUGGAAUAACAUUUUGGAUCUUGUUAAUUAAAUUGGUAUUCUCACUAAUACAGGAAUAAUUACAGUACUUUAUAAUAAAAAAUAUGGAGAAUAAUUAGUCUUAGUAUUCUUAAGUCUAUUAAUUUCAAAUAGUCUAUUUAAAUUUGUUAUAGCCUCGGUUUUUGGUGAUACUCCUUUCAGACUAACUUAAUUAACAAUAAGGCAUAAAUAUCUUCUUAAAUCAACUCUCGAAAUUUUCAGUAAGACUAAACAUAGUUCAAAAAUUAAAAAAGAAGAAGAAGAUAUCUAUAAAAGAUUUCCCUUAUUCAAAGUAUUUAAUUCCACUAAUAAUAUGGAGUUUGGGAGUUUUUAAACUAUAAGCUCACAAUCAGAUCUUGAAGAACAUAUUAGAAAAGGAUAAAUGAGAAAUGAAAUGAAUUAAAAAAGAGAAAUUAAAAUACAACCCAAAAAGAUUGAUUUAGAUGAUCCACCUUAUGAAUUGUUGCAUAACUAGUUUUCAUAAAGAGUAUCAAAUUGGGCAUUUGAAAUUUAGUAUAACAAUUUAAAUCCUUUUCAAAGAAAAAAAAAAUUAAUCAAAUAUUGGAAAUAUUUGUAUAAAUUGUCCGUCUUAACAACUUAUAAGAAAUUGUGGACUGAAGAUCGUUUGACUUAAAGACACUUUUUUAUGAAAAGGAAAAAAUUGGCAAUCAAAAAUUUAGAUUAAAGAAAAUUAUAUAUUUUAAAAUAGAACUACAAACUUACUCAUUAAGUGUAUUUUGAUAAUGCAUAAUUAAAAUUUAGAAAAAAGUUUUAAUAAGUAACUAAAAACAGUAAUAAACCUGAUGAUAUUAAAGAGUAUGAAAAUAUGGUUUAGAAGUAAUAAAAUUAUAUUGAAAAAAAUCUGUGGUUAAAUUGCAGAAAAGUAGUAGUACUAAAGAUUAAGGCUAUUUGGAUUAGAGGAUUUAGAAAGACUGUAUUAAGAAGGUCUGCUAUAUAGAAUAUACGUUUAAUUACAAAAACAUCUGUUCAAAAUGGAACUUUUUCUCUAAAAAGUAAUAUUCAUAAAUAGUAUAAUAAAUUGUUAGAAACUAAUUAAAAAAUGGAUGGUUAUAAUAUGAAAGAAUUUAUUAAUAUGGUAAGUUAAUUGACAUUUGA